UAUAAAACGUCGACCCUCUUACCAACUUUAGUAUCACGAAGCAUGGCUUGUGUACGGGUUCAGGUACUUUUCGGUCUGCUCUGGAUCAUUUCUUUCGCAGCGAACAAAAUUGAUGCUACCAGAAAGGUCGAAUACAACUCGCUGAAUGAUGGCAAAAAGAAGGAAGAAAUUCGCAUCCGACGAGAAGUUAAAGAUAGACGUCCUUGUGGAAACUUUAACAAAAGUAUGAUUGACCCAGUCAACGGAUUCUCACCGUUCACAACACAAGAUUGCGAUGUUCAAUUUCUUAAGGACGAUGGAAAGUAUAUGAUGAAAAUUAACUGGAAAACACCAAUAGGACCAAAUAACAAUACUCCAGUUGCGUAUAGUUUUUGGUGGUUCGUUUUUCGUUAUGCGAAUGUUGAAGCUAAUCAUCAUACAUGUGAAUUACUGUCAAAAACUAAAACGUCUUUAGUUUUACACACCUCUGACGACUGGGAAAAGGAUGAGACUAUCUAUUUUGCGAUUUUGCCGUUUCCCGCGAAUUUAACUGGUGACAUAAUAGAGUAUAAUUUUAUCUACACUCCUAAAUACACAGACGUGAGACGUAAUGAUCCCAUCAAGAAAGAACUCAAUUCAACCCAAAGCACACCAGUCAGUACGACAAACAGUACGAACACAGCGACUCGGAGCACAACAACAUUCACUGAGACAACAAACCGUGAAAGAUCCCUUCGAACUCAGAAAAAAGUUUUAGAAAUUUUUUUUCCGGCAAGUAAAAAGAAGCGAAGUAAGCAUAAAGAGAUCUUCACAAUCGUCACUGUUACCAUAGCUGCAACAGGUGCUAUAUCCCUAUUUGGUUUCCUUCUCGUGCUACGCUUCCGAGAUCGAGUGAAAUCCUGUUUAUUUAAACCAACGCCAUCAAAAGUUUCCAGAGACCCGGACCUCAUUUAUGCUUCCUACAUCUCGGAAAAUAAAGGACACACUGAGAAGGUUGUUGACUUCGGUUCAUGGCUCCGAAAGCAUGGAUAUAAUGUUCAAAUGGACAUUAUGUUGUCUCCGAGCAAUCAGCAAGAUCUAAAGGAGCUAGGACGGCUGCGAUGGGGUGCAGAGCAGCUAUCGAAGGCAAGGAGUGUUUUCCUUCUUGUGUCACCAUCGUAUCUUAAGCUGUGCCGUCUUGAUGUAGGCGAGACCAAUGCAUCAUCUUUGACCCUGGAAGAGAAGAUCAUUUUCAGCGAGAUUACGCAAAUGCGCAAUGACCUUUCGAAUGAUGCUUACAUCAGCUCCCGCUUCAUCCCGGUAUUAUUUGGUGUGAAAGAGACGGAAUUGCCGUUUUGGAUCAGGCAACGGGUCGUGUAUAGCUGGCCUGAUGACAAAAUGAACGACAGGUUGUUGCAUCGCGUUAGAGCAGAGGUUUCGUAUGAAAACGAAGAUAUCAUUCAAAACAACAUUUACUCAACAAAAGCAUAACUUUAAUAGUUUCUUCUUUUUGAGUUUUAGUUAGAUAACUAGGAGUCUGAAGGCGAUUGUACAUAGAUCUCUUUAAAUAAUAAUUUUUUAACUGGAUUCGCACGUUAAAUCGUACUGAACUCCACCCUCGCCAGCGAUAGUGGUUAGUUAACGUUUGCACUGAGUAGAACGAACUUUUUUACAUAUACCACUGGCCUCUGGUGGUUAGGUUUAGGGUUAGGGUUAGGGUAAAACUUUAUUGCAUGGACAACCUAUUCGCAUUUCAAUCUGUAUUGUAUCAUAAUUUUAUGUUUCGUUUGUCCACAGUGUAAAUAUAUCUUCUUUAUCAA